UGCUUACAAAGGCUCUCUGACAGAGGAAUUGACUCCACUUAUACUGGCAACCCAGAAGCAGGUCAACUUCACCCAUAUUUGUGCUGGAGCUUCUGCAUUUGGGAAAGAAAUGCUCUCAGCACUGUCAAGUGUAAUGACAAUGUUAAGGUUUUCACUGUCAGAGGGACAUCCUUUGAGCCCACUGAGGUGGAUGGAGGCAGUGCUACAUCAGAGGAAGUUGCUGCGUCUGCUUCCGCUGGGAUGUCUGAGUGGCUGGAAGCAACCUUGACCAAGAGUGACUGUCCAGAGCUGACCAGUGCUAAGGUUGUGGUGUCCGGAGGAAGGGGACUGAAGAAUGGAGAGAACUUCAAGCUGCUCUAUGACCUUGCUGACAAAAUUAAUGCUGCAGUUGGUGCUUCCAGAGCUGCUGUGGAUGCUGGAUAUGUCCCCAAUGACAUGCAGGUUGGACAGACUGGCAAGAUCGUGGCCCCCGAGUUGUACAUCUCUGUUGGCAUCUCUGGAGCUAUUCAACAUCUGUCUGGGAUGAAGUUACCAUUCUUGCUUGAUUUUUUUCCUCCAGAAUCUUCUGUUAGGUAUACACAAGUAUAAGAAAAAAGAGCAUGUUGCGAUAUUUUGAACUAUGUUUUAUU